AUGGUUGCAUUGGCUGUUUCAAUAUUCACUUUUGUGAUACUAACAAUAAGAGCUGGAAGAAGGGAAUUGUAUUUGUGUUCUGCACUUAUAAAGCAAAUGGAAGCAACUCAUCAGGCUGAAAGUAUGAGUACGGACCAAAGCACCGCAUUUGGUGACGCAAAUCAUGAUGUUAGAGGUUCUCUUGCUGGAAUCACUGGAUUAAUUAGGAUGUGUCGCGCCCAUGCUUCGCCUGGAUCCGAAUUGGUGAAGUAUUUGAAUCGUAUGGAAUCUCGCAUGGACAGUCUUUUAGCCUUAUUAAAUAAAAUUCUUGACGAAAGCAAGAUCAUAGAAGGAAAGAAGCAACUUGUGGAAGAAGAAUUCAAGAUGGAUGAGCUACUAGAAGAUAUUGUCUACCCACUUUACACUAAUGGAGUGAUGAAGAAUGUAGACGUGAUACUAGAUCCAUGUGAUGGUUCUGUCGCAAGAUUCUCUCGUGUUAAAGGAGAUAAGAUACAAUUACAACGGAUCUUGAAUAACUUGUUACAAAAUGCAGAUAAGUUCACCUCAGAGGGGCACAUUACUCUUUGUGCUUGGGCUCGAAAACCUAGUUUUGAUCAAAGUUCCAAUCUUGCUCCGAAUACAAGUAAUACUAGUACUGGUUGUAUGUCAUGUUUACGUUUACAGAACGAUGAAGCUUCUGUAGAACUGCGAGUCCUGAAUAAAGUUCAGCAAGAUCCCAAAUGUGUAGAGUUCAUAUUCGAGGUGGAUGAUACGGGGAAAGGAAUUCCUAAAGAGAAACAGAAAUCAGUUUUUGAGAAUUAUGUUCAAGUGAAUGAUCCAACAACUUCUGUUCAUGGAUCACAAGCAGGCACUGGCUUAGGUCUCGGGAUAACUCAGCCGCUGGUUCGGUUAAUGGGAGGUGAAAUUGGUAUUGUCGACAAGAGCAUUGGUGAAAAAGGCACUUGCUUUAGAUUCAACAUUUUCCUCAUAGCAUGUGAUCAACCUCAAGCUCAAAAUCAGGAAGCAAUUAGUGUUAAUUAUGCAAGAGAAGAUGAUUUGGAGUCCCAAUUAGGAGGAGGUUAUACAUCUAGUGACUCCUAUUAUAGUAUCACUAGCCAUCAAAAACCAGAAAGUUCCAAUGUCAUUCUUUUCAUUAAGGAGGAAGAAAGAUGUCGAGUUCUUCGUGGAUUAUGA